UUCUGGUGUUUAGACCUACCCGCAUACUUUUACUUUCGGUUUGGAACCACAUGGUUGAGGAUUAAACACCUGCACUUGCACCUGCAAAAUGCAAUCUAUUACAGCUACUGUCACUAUUGCGUUCCUCGUGGGUUUGAUUACCAGGCGUGCUGAAGAUUUUAUGAGGAGUGAUGAUCAGUUGAAACUGCCAGAUUUUCAAUGUAUGGACCAUGACCUAAAAACUUUGAGGAAUGACUCUGUUGAAAUACAUGUAAAAGCUGAAAAAAUUGAAGUUAAGGUUAAUCAGUUGGAAAAUAAUGUUAGCAUGGUGGCUACAACUUGUGCCUUAGAGAGUCAAAGAUUACAGGAUCAUGGUAGAUGUAUUGACAUGUAUAACAGAUGUAAAGAGGAUGUGAAUAAAUAUCGUGAUGAAUCGAGAAGGAAGUUCAAUGACACCUUGGAUGAGGUUCAGAAGCUCAGGCUCGAAGUUCAGCAGGCAUUCAAGGAAAAUACGCAACAAGGUCAAGGAAGAGUGUUGAUAUUGAUGGUUGUACUGGGUGCUGGAGAAUUCGUAUUAGGUGUUGUGCUCAUUAAUGGACUGAGAAAGUUAAAUGCAUUGAAAACACAGACAAGGCCAGAAGAUAUAAAGCAUGGAAUGAAACCAGACCCAAACACACUGAAAGGUGGAACAAACUUGUUCAACCUAAAACAAAAGGAUUCUGCAAGGCUACAGAAAUUAGUGACCAUUGUCAGUUUCAAUGAUGGCAGACAGAAAGCACAUAAAGUGAUGCUGGAAGACAUCACUAGAAAUCUGCAAACAGAAUUCCUCAGGAUCUCUAGAAAGGAGGAAGCUCUUCAGAUCAAAUCUCAGGUUACAGUGUUAUUUGUGGAGAGAAAUGACCGUCACAUAAUCUUAGAAUCAGAACAAGAAAUCGGCGAUUUGAAAGUGAGUUGCGUUCGAAGCAUCCUAAAACUUGGAGGGAAAGUGAUAGUGGUGUACUGUGGACACAGGGAAUCGGAAGACCUUGGAAAUUUGUUGUGCAGUCCGAGUUUAAAAUCUGCAGACUGGCAUAAGGAACUGAGAUCAUUGAAAGAUCAGAACUGUUUCCUCAGCAUCAAUAAGUCCUUUUCCCAGAAACAAAAGGAGCAUCUAAAGACAAAAUUAAUGGAGUAUUUAAAAGAAUGAAUUUGUUAUUAGCUUAAUAUUAUGAUACUACUUUUUUUUUCAAAUGUCAGGAUGACAUUCAUUAUGCAUUAAGUUCAUUUGCUUUGUACAUUUCCACACUAUGGAAUCACUGCACAUUUUCACAUGAUAGACUCAUUACAAAUUUCCACACUAUAUGACCACUUUAUUUCUAUACAUUAUAAAAUCAGGUACAUUUCCACUUUAUAGAACAAAUGCAUAUUAAAGAAAUAUUGUACAAUUCCACACUAUAUAACACCAUUGUACAUUUGCAUAUUAUAGGACCAUUGUACAUUUGCAUAUUAUACAUCCAUUGUACAUUUGCAUAUUAUAGGACCAUUGUAUAUUUGCAUAUUAUACAUCCAUUGUACAUUUGCAUAUUAUAGGACCAUUGUAUAUUUGCAUAUUAUACAUCCAUUGUACAUUUGCAUAUUUUUUAACCAUUGUACAUUUCAACACUAUAGAAUGAUCAUAUAUUUCAUUGCUUUGGGAUAUUUGCAUAUUUUCAUCCCUAAAGCAUCUUGAUCACAUAUUACUUUUAGAGUGAGCCAGACAGCACUGCUAUUUUUUGCCUUUUGUGGUUAAUCGAAUGUAUAUUAGGAACAAAUAUCUAGUUUGUUUGUGAGAUACAGAUCUGUAGCUCUGUGAAAAUGUUGGGACAAGCCAGAUAUCCCCCCUCCCCGAUAUAUUCCCAGAGAACUACAGAUCUGCAGCGAGGUUGUUUGCAUGAUAAAGAUAUACAUGUAUAAACAAUGAAAGUGCUGGUCAAUUUUUAUAUUUUGUACUACAUAAAUUUUUUUUUAUAGGAAGCAGAAAGGUUGUUGCUUUUAUCCGGAAAUAAAAUGCAUUGAAACAACAGGUUCA